AUAAAAUAGUGUGAUUAAAACUAAGUUUCGAUAAAGGGAUGAAAGAAUAGAAAAUGGAAGUGAAAAUCGUUUCGACUUUAUUGUUAUAAACAUUGGAUUAACGUUGGCAUUGAGGCUAACUCGUGUCACAUUCAGUCAGAGAUAAGCAGUUUUGGGAAUAUAGUAAAGUGGACAUGAGGACUUGUUUGAUCACAAUGUGGAAAAUAUGCAUUAGAUAGGAAUGUAUAUCAAGCUGCUGUUCGUUCUUGCGGGAGUGUUUGGGGUUCGUAUCAGAAAAGACCAAGUCGAAUUAAGCCAGCUUACAUUCCGUUAUGACCCCACUUCGCACUUCCUUGUCGCUCACAACACAGUAGCUUGUUUCCUGGCACUAUUGUUGGGGCACGAGCGGGACAUGGUCCACACGGAUCGCGGAAUUGAACAACUGGAAAUACAGAUGAUGUUUGAGUGGAUUGGCAAGGUACCGGAAGUGCCAGUGUACCACAGCGACCACAGCAUUCCACAGGCCGUGUCUAGGAUGUGCGCAAGGCAGCAAAUGUACUUUCUGGAUAGAACCGGGCAGCAUAGCGAGCACACCACAACUUUGAUCACAACCCCACCCACCUCGUCUCUCCGCGUACCAACAAGGACCUUACAUCCGGACGCCUCUACAGAUGCAUUUAUAAGUCAUACACCAGAACAUACAGAUACGACUAUAGCAAACAUUGCUUCAUUUGUUACCUCGUCAACAGAUUUCCCAACAACAGUAUCAAGUAAAGGAACGGACAAAACGGUCUUCAGCAAAGAAACGGACCCAACAGUAUCUAGCAAUAUAACGGACACAACAGUCUCAAGCAACGAAACGGACCCAACAGUAUUUAGCAAUAUAACGGACACAACCGUCCCCAGCAUAGGCACGGACAUGUUGACGUCAGCAGCGUCGGUUUCUUCCAUUAUUGCAGCUUCCGGCCAAACUGCUUCUAGCAGUCAACACGGGUCAACAACUGUGUUCACGUGGCCGCCUUCCAUGGUGUUCUAUGGGCCGAUAUCGGCGACCAGCUCCCAUCAAACAUAUCCGACAACUACUCAUGCGCGCCCGGAAAGAUCCGGUCUCAUGACCAAACCGUCAACGACUAAACCUUUUGUAAUGUUUGAGAGAAAAGACCAUAUACUAGUAACGUAUGCCGUUGCUGUGUCGCCUAGCAAUGAGUGUUACGUGUUUCGCGUCUCCGAUAUUGAUCACCAACUUCUUAGUGCGGCCACCAAGCAGUACAUCCAUACCGGGUUAUUGUCUUCGAAGCGGGACUCGCCCCAUAUGUGGAACAUCGUGACGGGUCAGAUCGGAUCGAUGACACCGGAAGUUCGGACUUUCUGCUCUGGGCCUGUAUACAUGAUGACUGGUGAAAGAUGGGCGUGGUACCACGGAAGCAGACGUCGAGAGGAAUGAAUAUAAGCUUCAACGUAUCAAAAUAUCCGCAUGACUUGCAUGAACAAUCUUUUUAACGAUUUUUGGACUUCAAGAAUGAGUUUAAUUGAUCGCUAUACCCAAAUCAUUCAAGUCUGUUAGAAUAAAAAAUCUAUCAAUCAACAUUUGAUCUGUGAUUGGAAUUGUUCACAAAUGACAAUGGCUGGUUGCGGUGUUUUUCCUGAUCUGCUGAAUUCUUAGAUUGUAGACCUUUGUGUAUUUACCUUUUAAAUAUAACACUUACAUUUUUUAGAAAUGUCUAUUAUGUUACGUUUAGUCAUUUUAAAUUCAAAUAAGUCAAUAUGAAUCCUUGUAACCAGUGUAUCACGCUUGAUGCAUGUUUGUAUUUUACUUUGAAAUAGUUUUCACCUGUACGCUAUUGUCAAUAUAUUGAAAUAAUUUA